AUGAUAAAGGUAAUAUACUGGACUGGUCGCGAGCAGUUUAACGGUGGCCACAACUCAGUAUACAAGAGACGAGUGCGGAGGGUCACAAUCAUAGCACAGGGUCUAUGUGAAAUCGAACCAAGUCGUGUGAUACCAUCAACGGCGCAAUUGAGGAAAGUUCCGGAUAGUCGGACGAGAGAUGGAAGCCUUGUCUCCUCGCGAAUAGACGAUGUGACAACCACCGAUGUAACUCCUUCAACAAGCACUCGCCCGAGUUCCACUUCGCUAACGGCCACCAACGGCAUUUACCGCGGGGUAUGGGAAGAGAAGAAGAUGCUUCAAGCAACAGGUGUACCCUCGGAUCGGCAAUCGAGCGAUAAAGAAACAGCGGUACCGGGGGGUUAA